AUGAUCGGAGGCUUCUCGGGAGGGAACACGGACGGACACACGGACGGGCAAGGGCGGACACAGGGACGGGCACGGGCGGACACACGGACACACAGACAAGCACGGGCGAGGGCACGGGCGGGGGCACGGGCGGGGGCACGGGCGGACACGGGCGGUCACACGGACACACAGACGGGCACGGACGGGCACACGGGCGGACACACGGACGGGCACGGGCGGGGGCACGGGCGGACACACGGGCGGACACACGGACGGGCACGGGCGGUCACACGGACACACAGACGGGCACGGACGGGCACACGGGCGGACACACGGACGGGCACGGGCGGGGGCACGGGCGGACACACGGGCGGACACACGGACGGGCACGGGCGGGGGCACGGGCGGACACACGGACGGGCACGGGCGGACACACGGACGGGCACACGGACGGGCACGGGCGGACACACGGACGGGCACACGGACGGACACACGGACGGGCACACGGACGGACACACGGGCGGACACACGGGCACACGGACGGGCACGGGCGGACACACGGACGGGCACACGGACGGACACACGGACGGGCACACGGACGGACACACGGGCGGACACACGGACGGGCACACGGACGGACACACGGGCGGACACACGGGCACACGGACGGACACACGGACGGGCACACGGACGGACACACGGACGGACACACGGACGGGCACGAGCGGCCGCGGCCCCGGCGGGCGGCGCGGCCGGAACCGGAGCGGCCGCGCGUGCGCUGUGCGGGACGGCGCCGCUGCCGGCGGCCCCAUGACGGCCGAGCUGCGGGCCCGGGGCGGCGGCGGAGGCGAGGUGAGACGGCGGCGCGAGCCCGCGGGGCGGGCGGGGGCUCCGGGGGUGCUGGGGCGGGGGAGCGGCGGGGCGAGCCCGCGGCAGGGCGAGGAGGGCGGCGGGCGGCGCCCCCCGCGCGGGGCCGGGGCUGCCGCCGGACCGAGCCUCGCAGCGCGGCGGCCCCGCUGCGCCCCGAGCCCGCGGCCCGCGGCCGCUCGGGGCCGGCCCGCAGCGCUUCCCCGCUCUGCGCGCUCCCGGAGCCCGCCCCGUCGGGUUUCGUUGGGAAUAACGGGCUCCGCGCGGCGCCGCGCGAUGCGCCGGUACCACGGGAAAGGGCUCGGGCGGGCGCUCAGACACCCGCCGCUCUGCGGGGAGCAGAAACGCGUGUGCCCUCCCCGCCGCCGGGCAGCACCUCCCGGGGAUUGCCAGGUGCUCUUAAAUCAGAUGAAAGAGAUCACAGGAAUUCAGGAUUCAGCAUUCCUGCUUGCUGCUCUAAAGGCUGCUGAUGGAGAUCUCAUGGAAGCAGUCACCUUCCUGACAGAGGACCCUGCUCCAGAGCCAGUGCAGAGCCCAGCUGCUGCAGAGCCAUCCUCCUGGGAAGGGAGUGUGGUGGGCAAACAGCUCCCACAGGAUGUUGGUGCUGUACCUGCUGCUCACAACCAAGACAACCUCCGCACAGCCAACACUGUCAGACCACUGGAAUCACCCAAAGCCCCAGCUGCAGAAAGGGAUGCAGCUGAAAGAGCACAGGAGGCCCAUUCUGCUGAAAACAAAAACCGCUCCAAAAGGAAACGCUGUGAAGUCUGGGGAGAGAACCCCAAGCAGAGUGACUGGAGAAGAGCGGGUGACUGGCCUGUUGGAAUGAAAAAUAUAGGAAAUACGUGUUGGUUUAGUGCUGUUAUACAGUCUCUGUUUCAGUUGCCAGAUUUCCGGAGGCUGGUCCUUGGGUACUCCCUCCCACAGAAUGUGCUUGAAAGUUGUCGUAGUCACACUGGAAAAAGAAAUAUUGCAUUCAUGCAAGAACUUCAGUGUCUGUUUGCAUUAAUGCUGGGGACAUGGCGUAAGUUUGUAGACCCUUCUGCAGCACUGGAACUCUUGAGGGACGUGUUUAGAUCAGCUGAACAACCACAGCAAGAUGUGAGUGAAUUUACACACAAACUACUGGACUGGCUGGAGGACGCAUUCCAGCUCACUGUGAAUGUCACGAGCCUUGGGGACAAAUCCGAAAACCCAAUGGUGCAGCUCUUCUACGGGACUUUCCUGACUGAGGGUGUCCAUGAGGGCAACAGUUUUUCCAAGAUUGAGACCUUUGGUCAGUAUCCCCUUCAGGUAAAUGGUUACCGGAACUUGAAUGAGUGCUUGGAAGGAGCCAUGGUGGAGGGAGAGAUGGAUGAGGCAACAGCAUCUCAGUCAGUGAAGUAUGGACAGGAGCGCUGGUUUACAAAACUUCCACCAGUUCUGACCUUUGAACUCUCCCGAUUUGAGUUCAAUCAGUCACUAGGACAGCCAGAGAAAAUUCACACCAAGCUAGAGUUUCCCCAGACUAUAUAUAUGGACAGGUACCUCUACUGCAAUAAAGAUCUUAUUCAGAUGAAAAGGGAGGAAAUGAAGAGAUUGAAGGAGAAAAUGGUGACUCUGCAGCAGAAACUGGAAAGGUACAUGGAAUAUGGCUCUGGCCCAGCCCGCUUUCCACUGCCUGACAUGCUGCAGUAUGUGCUCGAGUUCAUUGCUACAAAGCCAGCUGGGGCAAUUUCCUCUGCUCAGAGCUCUCAAACAACACCCCUGCACUCCCAGGCCAAGCCUAAUGUUUUGGACGUGCUUUCACAGCCAAACAGCAUACAAGAAAGGACUGAUACUAGGACUGAAGAUGAAGCUUUAUUUGUGGCCAAUGCUUCACCACAGCAGAGCUCCAGUAUGGAUCUCCAGCCUCCUGUUUCACCUGCAGAGCUGUCUGAACGUCCAGCUCCUCACGUGGUCUCCAAGGAAGAGCUGAACCUGGUUCAGAUGUGUCUGCAGCGAUGGAGAAACGAGAUCGAGCAGGACGUGCGAGAUCUGAAGGAGUCUAUUGCCAGAAUAAACCUGUCCAUUGAACAGAUGUACUGUGACCCUCUCCUCCAGCAGGUUCCCUAUCGUUUGCAUGCAGUCCUGGUCCAUGAGGGACAAGCAAAUGCAGGGCACUACUGGGCCUUCAUAUAUGACCAGCCCCGUAAAAGAUGGCUCAAGUACAAUGACAUCUCAGUGACAGAGUCGUCAUGGGAAGAGCUGGAGCGAGAGUCCUUUGGAGGCUUGAGGAAUGCCAGUGCCUACUGCCUGAUGUACAUCAGUGGCCAGGUGUCCCCUGUUGGUGCAGAUGAGGAUGAGGGCCCAGAGGCUAGACAGCUCCAGAAGGAGGUGGAAGCUUUGUCCCCAGAACUGAGACACUACAUCCAGGAGGACAACUGGCGCCUGGAGCAGGAGGCAGAGGAGUGGGACGAGGAGCAAUCUUGCAAGAUUCCUCAGAUGGAGCCUUCCCCUACUUCUGAAUUGCAGGACCUCUCCUCUGAGUCAGGACCAGAGCAGUCAUCAGUGUGUGAGCCCAGCGUGCACUCCCUGUCCUCGGAGCACGCCAGGAUUGCCAAGGAGCAGACUGCCAAGGCCAUUGCCAACACUGCUGAAGCCUACGAGAAGAACGGCGUCGAGGCAGCUCUGUGCGAGCGCAAGGAGGUAGAGCCACUGAAGGCCCAUCCAGAAGAAACAUCCCCCACAGUUCAGGCAGAGCAGCCCCGGGACACUCAGGAAGCAGAGGCUGCUGCCCAAACUAGCUCACAGGUCUCUGAAGUGGAAAUCCCCAGUGUGGGGAAGAUUCCCGUUAGAUCCGAUGCAGAUGGAUAUAAUGAGGAGGUGAUGCUGAGUCCAGCCAUGCAAGGUGUCAUCCUGGCUAUUGCAAAAGCCCGCCAGACCUUUGAUCGUGAUGGGUCUGAAGCAGGGCUUGUUAAGGCAUUCCAUGAGGAGUACUCGCGGCUGUACCUGCUUUCCAAGGAGACCCCAACCCCCCAGAACGACGCCCGCCUGCAGCACGUGCUCAUCUACUUCCUGCAGAACAAUGCCCCGCAGCAGGUGGUGGAACGGACCCUCCUCGAGCAGUUUGCAGACAAAAACCUCAGCUACGAUGAACGGUCCAUCAGCAUCAUGAAGGUGGCACGGGCAAAGCUGAGCGAAAUCGGUCCUGACGAUGUUGACAUGGAGGAGUACAAGAGAUGGCAUGAAGACUACAGCCUUUUUCGCAAGGUGUCCAUUUACCUGCUGACAGGGUUGGAACUCUACCAGAAUAGAAAGUACCAAGAGUCACUCACCUACCUGGUCUACGCCUACCAAAGCAACACCAAGCUGCUGCUGAAGGGAACCAACCGCGGCGUGAGCGAGUCGCUGAUCGCCUUGUACCGGAGGAAGUGUCUCCUGAAGCUGAACGAGGUGGCAGCUUCUCUUUUUGUCAGCUGUGAAGAAGCUCAUGUGUCAGAGGGUGUGAGCAUCCUGAAUGAGCUGAUCAUCCCCUGCAUGCAUCUAAUGAACAACUUUGAGAUCUCCAAAGAGGACCUGGAUGCCAUCGAGGUCAUGAGGAACCGCUGGUGCUCCUAUUUGGGACGAGAAGACAUGGACGCAAAGCUGCAGAUGAAGCUGGGUGAGCUGCUGCCCCGGCUCCUGGACGGCUCCACCGAGGUCAUUGUGCUGAAGGAGCCCCCGAAGAUCCGGCCCAACUCCCCCUACGACCUGUGCAGCCGCUUUGCGGCCGUCAUGGAGUCCAUCCACGGCGCCUCGGCCGUGGCCGUGCAGUAACCCCGGGCGGGCACGCCGGGGCUGCAGCGGGAGCUGAGGGGCCCUUGGGAUUCCAAGCUGUGUUCUUUGUAAAUACGAGCGGAUAAAAAGCAGUAUUGCACUUGUGAGGCUGAACGGAAGGCAGUAACACAAAGGACCUGGACCACUGCUACAGUGCAAGGCGCAGGCCCUGGCAGCACCGUGGGGCCCAGCCGGGCUCCAGAGGCUCUUCUGUCCUGGCAGCCCUCCAGCUGCAGCCCCUGGGCCCACGGGAGCCCAACUCUGCUCAGCACUGCACAUUGGGGCUGGGCUCUCGGGCACCUCCACAGCUCCCUGAACGGCCACUGCCAGAGACUGCAUGUUCCAUUCCAGCCAGACUCCUGCUCACAGGAGCCCGGGCUGAGUGAGGAGGAGGCAGCAAGGAGCAGUGGCUCGUGCUCUGCAGCGUGGGCAGUCAUGCAUGCAGCUCUGUAUUGUGGUCAAGUCAGGCAGGCUUUUGCCUUUUGUAUUCUAACUGGCACCAGAAACCACGCAGGAGCCUUCCUUGAAGAAACACAGGCAAAUCCUGGCAGUGAGAGCCAGGACGGGGCUGUGGGUUUGUGCCUGGCAGGAGCUGACUGGCUCAGGGCAGUCACAUCACCCCAAAGGAUAUUGCCCUUGUGGCUGGAAAGCAAACUUCCUUCUCCCCUCGGGUGGUGGGUCAGGGCUGGAUUACUGUCAACGGCAACUUAAGGGCUCAGAUCAGCCCCUUGUGUUGGUGGUGGGUGUUUGUGUUGACUUGGUUAACAAAGUGCCCUGUUCGCAUUUCCUUUUACGGUCGCCCUGUGCUUGCAUUUGAGCUGCAGCAGUUGUAAGCCAGAAGUUCUGAGUCAGUGGAGGGGGAUCCUUUUUUUGGAACUAUGCAGAGUUUUCUAACAGUGCAAUAAAAGCAUUUGUUCUAUGUUAGAAUGAAAAA